AUGUCCUUCACCAGCGCUCUUUCGACGGGCCUUCUGGGCUACCUCGCCCUCACAGUCGCUAUGUAUGCGCUCUCCUUCGUCAUCCCGAAAGCUGGCUUCGCCGCCCGUGUCCUGGCUUCGUAUGCGAACCUCAUCGUCGCCGCCGUGUUCGGCGUGCUGUCCUCGAUCGUCCUCACCCUCCUUGGCUACCAGCAGAUCUCGCAAUGGGCGACGGCGCGAUUCUUCCACUUUACAAUGUACUGGUCGACGGGCGUAUGCUUCACGGUCGAGGAUCCCAAAGACAUCCUCGGCACGACCCGUCCCGCCGUCUUUAUUGGGAACCACCAGACGGAGCUGGAUGUGCUCAUGCUCGGGGCUAUGUUCCCCAAGUACUGCAGCGUAACAGCCAAGUCCUCGCUCAAGAAGACGCCCUUCUUGGGAUGGUUCAUGACCUUGAGCGGCAGCAUCUUCAUUGACCGUAAGAACGCCAAGGAUGCCCGCGAGGCCAUGAAGGGCGCCGCAGAAGAGAUUCGCGCCAAGAAACAGAGUGUGUACAUGUUCCCUGAAGGCACAAGAAGCUAUGCCAAGGACCCCACGCUGCUGCCCUUCAAGAAGGGGGCUUUCAACUUGGCAGUCCAGGCUGGUGUACCGAUUGUGCCUGUGGUGGUCGCCAACUACAGCCAUGUACUCUUCGUCAAGAAUUUGGUCUUCAGAUCGGGCAAGAUUCCUAUCAAAGUUCUCGACCCUAUCCCCACCACUGGCCUUACCGCUGCCGACGUCGACGAGCUGACCCGUACCACCCGGGAGAAGAUGCUUCAUGAACUCGUCGCGCUGUCCGAAAAAGCCCAGGGUCGUCCCAUGGCCGUCCCCGCGACGAUCGAUUCAGGGUCCAAGGCGGUUGCCUCUGGCAUUGACACGACGGUUGGUUCUCUGUAG